UGGUCUCAACCCAGUAGUAUUGACAAUAGGGUGAAAAGAUACAGACCCGAAUCCAAAACGGUUCAAGGAAAAAGAACAAAAUUCGGGGAUUUGGAAAGUGGAGCAAUUGAAUCAGUAACAGGAAUGUAAUUGCGGCAGCCUAACUGUUUUAUAUAUAUAUCCGUAUUUUGUUAUUAAUGGGAGUCUGAGGAUUAUUUCGUUAGAAGGCAAACGGUACUCGUGGGUUUGGCUGGAUAAGGCCAAGAUUUUCGUGCUGUUCUGUUUUCGCCGCUACUUGGAAAAAAAGGCUAUUUGCACCGAGCUGGAAGUAGCCUAGUUCAUAGGGUUUUCAUAGGAUAACUCCUCGCCACCGUCUCCGUUGCGAACCACAGAGGAUCAAGGUAAAGUACCACGAUACGAGAGCUACAGCGACUCGAUCGGCUGCAGCUUGUCCGGCUCGGUCGGCACUCGGGACGGUGUGUGUCUCCCCAGCCCGGCCGCUCUGUCAGUCAGUCUGUGAGCGCUAGCUAACAGUAGCAACAUUAGCACUCCCCUUGUAUUUACACCUUGGAUGAUGGGUGAUCGCCCGAGCCCGCCCAGCAGGGCUAUGUCCUCGGCAGCCACCACGUCUCCAUCUGUGGACAAAGUGGACGGAUUUUCGCGGAAGUCUGUCAGGAAGGCCAAGCAGAAGCGGUCGCAGAGUUCGUCCCAGUUCCGCUCUCAGGGCAAACCCAUUGAGCUCACGCCCCUGCCGCUGCUCAAGGACGUGCCGGCGCCGGAGCAGCCGGAGCUGUUCCUGAAGAAGCUGCAGCAGUGCUGUACCGUCUUCGACUUCAUGGACACGCUGUCAGACCUCAAGAUGAAGGAGUACAAGCGCUCCACGCUCAACGAGCUGGUGGACUACGUGACCGUCAGCAGGGGCUACCUGACAGAGCAGGCCUACCCCGAGGUCGUCAAAAUGGUGUCUUACAACAUAUUCCGGACCCUUCCGCCCAGCGACAGUAAUGAGUUUGACCCUGAGGAGGAUGAGCCCACGCUCGAGGCCUCCUGGCCACACUUACAGUUGGUAUACGAGUUCUUCAUCCGGUUCUUGGAGAGUCAGGAAUUCCAGCCCAGCAUUGCCAAAAAGUACAUAGACCAGAAGUUUGUCCUACAGCUCUUGGAGUUGUUUGACAGCGAGGAUCCUCGGGAGAGAGACUACCUGAAGACAGUCUUGCACAGAAUCUACGGCAAAUUCCUGGGACUGAGGGCUUUUAUACGAAAACAGAUCAAUAAUAUUUUUCUACGUUUUGUUUAUGAGACGGAGCACUUCAACGGGGUGGCGGAGUUGCUGGAGAUCCUGGGCAGUAUAAUCAAUGGUUUCGCUCUGCCUCUGAAAGCGGAGCAUAAACAGUUUCUGGUCAAAGUGUUGAUCCCCCUUCACACUGUCAGGAGUCUGUCCCUCUUCCACGCACAGUUGGCGUAUUGCAUUGUACAGUUCCUAGAGAAAGACCCAGCAUUAACAGAACCAGUCAUCAGAGGCUUACUCAAGUUCUGGCCAAAAACCUGCAGUCAAAAAGAGGUGAUGUUUCUAGGAGAGCUGGAGGAGAUCCUGGACGUCAUUGAACCCACACAGUUCGUUAAGAUCCAGGAGCCGCUUUUCAAACAGAUCUCCAGAUGUGUGUCCAGCCCACACUUCCAGGUGGCGGAGCGAGCUCUGUACUACUGGAACAACGAGUACAUCAUGAGUCUGAUCGAGGAGAACUCCAGCGUCAUCCUGCCCAUCAUGUUCGCCAGCCUCUACAGGAUCUCCAAAGAGCACUGGAACCCGGCGAUAGUGGCGCUGGUCUACAACGUACUGAAGGCCUUCAUGGAGAUGAACAGUACCUUAUUUGACGAACUCACAGCCACUUACAAGUCGGACCGCCAGCGUGAGAAGAAGAAGGAGAAGGAGCGGGAGGAGCUGUGGAAGAAGCUGGAGGACUUGGAGCUGAAGCGGGGCCUUAGGAGCGACGGGAUCAUCCCCACUUAACGAAGCCAGCGCUGCGCUCCCCCUCCCCCCCCCUCCUCCCUCCUCCUCCUCCUCCCCCCUCUGACCCCCCCCCCACCCCCCGCCCCGUCCCGUCUCCCCCCUUCACAUCCGCCGUGUCAGCCCAGAGCUCGGAUCAGUCCGGCUGCAGGCCGUCUCCUCUGGAACGACAUGCAACGCCCAUUGGUUUUUUCUUUCUUUUUUUUUUUUCUUUUUUCUUCUUCUUUUUUUUUUUUUUUUUUUUUAAAUUCUAAUUUUAAUUUUUUUCCCUCCUCCUCUGUAUUUGUGCGACUUACUUUACGGUAGAUUCACCACGUCUCUGUUUUCAUUAUUUCAACAGCACUGUAAAUAACUGUUUUGUUUUGUUUUUGUUUUUUUUUUUUUCUUUUGUUUUUUUUUUUUUUUUGUUUUUUUCCCUUAAACUGAUAUUAUUGCAAACGGAAAAACAAAAUAAUAAUAAUAAUAAAAAAAGAAGAAAAAAAUAGAAAAUGAGAAAAUGACUUGUGUGGGAGGGGGAAUAAAAAGACUUUCUGGACUGACUGUAGGACAUGAAAUGAACUCUUCUUCGGAAGCAAACGAAAAAAAACCUGCAAAAAAAAAAAAGAGAAGAUAGAUUGUUUUUAACUCCUUGUCCCCUCUUCUUCAGUACAGUCUCAUUUUUCCCCCCAUUUUUCUGGCUCCUCCCUUUGCUUUUCCUCUCGUCUUCUGCCUCCGUCUCUCUCUCUCUCUCUCUCUCUGUCUCUCUCGCCCUCUUAUGGUGCAUCUUUAACUUUUGCCUCCGUGUGGGACGUCCCGACUGAGUGUGGCCCCGCUCCUCUGUCAUUGGAGAUGAAGAAGCCCCGCCCCCCUGGCUCCAGAAGGACCGCCCCCGCCCCGCCCCCCUCUCUCUCUGGCCCCUCCUGCCUAUCAGAGUUCAGGACCUGAGAGCCGCAAGGAAACGAAUCAAACCUGUCGUCUGUUUAGACCCCUCCUCCUCUUCCUCCUCUUCCUCCUACUUCCUGUUUGAGCGGGAGGUAAACGAAAAGAAAACGCAAACAAAAACAAACAGGGACUUCUCACUAUGAACACACACACACACACCGUUGAAACACCCCCUCAUCGAGUGCGUCUACAUGCGAUUCGCUAUUCCAGCGUCACCUGGGAUACUUGUGUAUUCCAUUUUAUUUUGAAAAGCUGGUGCACGAGGGCGCCGUAUCCUGUUUCCCGGUCGCUGGAAACUCGAUAUCAGAGAAACAUCAGCGUUUCGUCCCGUUUCCGUUUUUCCGUUUUUCUCUCGCUCCCCCUGUGGAGGCUCUCGGUGUCACGGUGACGUUUUAGAAAAUUCCGGUUUUCCGCACGCGUGAAUUGUUGUGAUCGGGAUGCGGCGAGUAAACGUCUGUUUGUUUGUUUGUUUGUUUGUUUGUUUUUAAAGCGAGAUAUGACUUAGAAUGAACUCCGCAUGUAAACGCACUCACUCUCACUUUCAUCGCCUCAUUUCUUUCUCUUUUUUUUUUUCUCGUCUGUGUGCAUCCGGCUCUCCCCCGCAAACGCUGGAUUUCUCUUUUUUUUUCUUAUUCGUCACUUCAGUUCCUCUCUCUCCUUCUUCCUCUUAUUAUUUGAUUAUAAUUAUGUUUUUUUUUUUUUUUUUUUUUUUUUUGUGAACUUUGACCCCCCCCUUGCCUACCUGUUUUCCCUCCCUACCUGUUGUACCAGGCGACCCUGGUAUCAGUCUGGCACUGGUACCCUCUGGAGGAAAAAAAAAAAAAAAAAAAAGACGACUUAAAAAAGGAAAAAAUGAUUUAAAAAAAAAAAAACACGCUGCGAGCUCUUAGCAGGAGCGCCAAAAAAAAAAGGAAAAAAGAAUAAAUAAACCUUCCGCCUAUUGUGAAAUACAAACGCCCCAUUCCCCCGCCACCAGGGGGCGCCGCGUUGGCUUCACAGUAUUACAACAACAACAAAAA